GGCUACAACAAGCUACAAGUGUUGCGACUUGCGAAUGUUGUGUGGGCCAGCCCUUGUCACAUUGAAUGGAAACCAAGUGAAUAUUAUUAUUUCAUUUUAACAGUUGUGCGAUUCUUCAAAAAUGUCAACAUGACAUUAGAAUACAGUAGAUCGGGGUUAGUUUUUCUGGCCUUUUUAUUAAACUACAGCUGCACCGUAGAAUCUAAGCAGAGAAAUGUGCUGCUCAUCAUUGCUGACGAUGCUGGCUUCGAGACAGAGGUUUAUAACAACACAGUGGUUCGCACACCUCAUCUCCACGCUCUGUCGCAGCGCAGCUUAAUAUUGCAGAAUGCAUUCACGUCGGUCAGCAGCUGUUCCCCAAGCCGAUCCACCAUCCUCACAGGCCUCCCACAGCAUCAAAAUGGCAUGUAUGGUCUACAUCAGGGUUACCAUCAUUUCAACUCAUUCGAUGGUGUCCGAAGUCUUCCUCUGCUCCUGCAACAAGCCAACAUCCGCACGGGUAUUAUAGGGAAGAAACAUGUUGGUCCUGGAAUGGUUUACCCAUUUGACUUUUCCUACACUGAGGAGAACGGUUCUGUGCUUCAGGUGGGAAGGAACAUCACAAAAAUCAAACUUCUGGUACAGAAAUUUUUGAGGACCCACAAAGAAGAGGAGCGUCCAUUUUUCCUUUAUGUGGCAUUCCAUGACCCACACCGUUGUGGUCAUUCACAACCACAAUAUGGUGCCUUCUGCGAAAAGUUUGGUAAUGGUGACAGUGGAAUGGGAUAUAUUCCAGACUGGGAACCCAAGCAUUACACCCCAGAUCAGGUUAAAGUGCCUGAUUUCAUCCCUGACACUCCAGCUGCAAGAGCAGACUUGGCUGCCCAGUAUACCACUAUUAGCAGACUUGACCAAGGGAUUGGGCUGGUUCUGAAGGAGUUGCGGGAGGCCGGGUUUGAGGAAAAUACCCUCGUCAUUUACAGCUCUGAUAAUGGGAUCCCAUUCCCUAAUGGGAGAACAAAUAUGUACAUGUCUGGAGUGGCCGAGCCCAUGCUUGUGUCCUCACCAGAGCACAGGCAGCGCUGGGGAGAGGUCAGUAAGGCCUACGUAAGCCUCCUGGAUGUCACACCUACUAUCUUGGAUUGGUUCUCUAUUCCCUAUCCCCCCUAUAGCCUCACUGGGGGAUCACUAGUCCAGUUAACAGGGCGAUCUUUGCUCCCUGCCCUAAGUACUGAACCAACGUGGUCUGUUGUGUUCUUCAGCCAGAGCCUGCACGAGGCCACCAUGUAUUACCCCAUGAGAUCUGUAUAUCAGGGGCCCUUUCACUUAAUUCACAACCUCAACUAUCGGAUGCCCUUUCCCAUUGACCAGGACUUAUAUGUGUCGCCCACCUUCCUGGACCUGUUGAACCACACCCAGGCAGGCCAACCAACAGGUUGGUUUAAGACAUUAAAGGAUUAUUAUUACCGUGAGCGCUGGGAACUGUAUGACACACAACGUGAUCCAACAGAGACCAAGAACCUUGCAUCAGACCCCAAUCAUCUCAGCGUUCUAGAGACACUGAAAGCCCAGCUGCUGAAGUGGCAAUGGGCAACGUCAGACCCAUGGGUGUGUAGCCCAGAUGCAGUGCUGGAGACCAAAAUGGAGCCACAAUGUAGGUCACUAUAUAAUGGGCUGUAAGACCUGAAGUACUCACAAGGUUACGAAGAAUUAAGCAAUAAGCCCCGAGAGGCCGUGGGUUAUACUGUAUAAUCGAACAGCUAAGGGGCGUUGUUAGGCACGACGCGAAGCGGAGUGCCUAAAACCCCCUUAGCUGUUCGAUUAUACAGUAUAACCCACGGACUCGAGUGGCUUAUUGCUUUUCUAAAACGGUAACUACGUCGAUCUAGCAAGAUUUCAUGAAACGAAGGCACAGCAACGACAAUGUAACGAUAUAUUCAUAGAUAAUCUUUCUUCCGCCAAGAAAUAUAUUCCCUCCUUAUGAAUGGUUGCCAUCAAAGAUUCUAGAACAGAGCAAGAUGGAUCAGUUGCGUCAAAAGAAUGAAGUACGGUACAGGACGCCAUUUCGGUAAGCUCAGCAACAUUUCUGACACAGUUCCAAUCAUAUAAACCCACCUCAACAGCUGUUUUUGCCGUUGCCAGCUGUUUUUUGUUUUGUUUUGUUACUCGGUAAUGAUCUGGCCGUGUGAAAGGCACGAUUUAUUACUUUUCGGCUUACCAAAAUGGCGCCCAUGGAGCGUUAAAAUGUACUUCAAAAAAUCCAACGUAUUCUCCGGCCAGUGAUCCAUCUUGCUCUGUUCUAGAAUCUUUGGUUGCCAUGCAACAACAAGACGCAGCCACUGCUAGUUUUGUGCUAGCGCAUUACUAUAGAACGAAAUGCGGUCAAGGUGUGAGUUUAUCAUGAUAUUUACAACGGCAUCGAACGCGAUUCAGCCAAUCACAAUCAAGGACCGGAACUAUCCGUUUUAGAAAGGACAUUUCUAAUGUUAUUUUUGUGAUAACACUGAUUCAUCUACACAGCCUACAGUUGCAUUAGACAUAUUUUAAUAUACCAAAGGAAUUAACUGACACACACAGAUAGACUUAUGUGUGUGUUUAAUUACAAAUUAAUCUAAUGAUGAUAUUUUUUCUUAUCAAAUAAGAGCCGUAAUUAUCUGCUUAGUUAUUUUCUGCUAGAAAGCCCAUAAGUAGCUAGCCUAUAGCUUUGAUGUUUCUUGGUUAGGUUUUGGAAAAUUGAUUGAACAUGUAAACGAUGAAACAAUUUGGCACUGUUUUUUUUCAGUUGUAAGAGCUGUAAAAGCUGUGCAGCUUCACUGUUAUGAAAUAUGCCAAUAUCGUAUGCGUUUUGACUGUAGGCUGAUUUGUUAUUCUUUUUUAUUACACCACAUUACAAUAAAAGUUUCCCUCAAAAGGUU